AAAACUGAACAGUAUCAUGUCAUAUGAACUACACUAAGUAGUGUACCACAUCCAUGUCGUAUACAGUGAGAAGACUAAUGCGAGCUAAGCAAAAGAAGAGGGCGGGAAGUUCCACAGGUAAAGCUUGUGCACUAUUUAUUGAGUGAGGUACCACAGUAAGAUAGUAAAAGAAGACAAUGGAAACAAAGACUAACAUUGAGAGUGCUUCAAAACAUGUUCUGAAUUCUAAUGAUUCAGAACAUGCAUAUGGUAUUUGAAAGAUGUAAUCUACCUUUUGGCUGUGUUUGAGAUGAAGAGAGCGUUAUUUUUAACAAUCUACAUAACUUGAUUUUCUUCUAUUUUCUGUGAUUUACGUUAUUGUACCAUGAAGAAAAUCUGCAGUCAUUAUACCCAGGGGCAUGCAAGUAUCGCUAGAAGAAAAUCUCAAAGGUCACAUAGCCCUAUCACUGCAGUUCAUAAUGGACUUAUUUUCUGAAGCGCAAACAAGUUCGAAGACCAAGCAAUUUUCAGCAUAUAUCCAUCAAUCUGUGAAAUUCAUUAAAGAGUGUAUAAUACAACUGAUAGAUAAAGGAGCCGAGGACAAGUACAGCGUUCAAGAGAUGGUGAAAAAAUUCACGUCAAGCUUAAGUAUUAAAAUUAUGAACCAUAUAUCUGACGAAGGACCUGAUGCCCGGGUUUGGAUACAACAAACUUCGUAUCAGUUGGGAAGUUUGCCGUGUUUUGGCCAUCAGUUAUUGUUCAUCAUUUCAAAACUAAUCGCAGAAGUCACAGAAACUCUAGUAUGUUUAAAUCCUUUUCAUGAAGGGGCAGCUCAAACAUACGAGAAUCUAUACUUCCUAUAUCAGCUUUUCGAGAAAAUUGUGGCGGAUUAUCUCUGUGAGUGGGCGAAUACCGGUGACCUGGAUAUCGAGGUUCUUACGAACACCUUCGAACGUCAUUUUUCUACCGUGAGGCACCUCAUGAAGUUUCCAAACUGGGGUUCAUUAAUUGUUCAGUACAACACCAAGCUGACGGGUGAGAUUGUAGCUCAACUUAGUACUGCCGUGUGUAUUAACCAUUAUGCAGAGGAAAGCCAGCAGACAGCGCUUCUGAACUUGUUAGAACUGGCUAAACACGCAACAACGGAUGUUACUUGAUUUAGUUACUCUGGCACAGUAAUUGUGAAGUUUGAUCACGUGUAUUGUGAAGUAGAUUGAAACUUCGUGAACAAUAUUGCGUAGUUGGUAAAGAUUACUGAACAAAACAAACCACUCUGUGAAUCUAAAAGAAAAAGUACAGUAUGUUGUCGUCAAAUUAUUUGAAACUGUUGUUUCACAGUUACACAGCGGUUCUUCUUAUGCCCGGAUUGUCUACAAAUUUGAGAAAUUUCUAAAAAGAUUAAGUGUACAAUUGUGCUUUGCACAAUACAUUGUGGUAGCUCUCCUCUCACUUGCGAGUACGAAGUGAGCUCGCUCCCCUCAACUAAAAUACAUCAACAUACGGUGGGAUAUGCAGAAACAUUUUCUUCCCACAAUGAUCCAACCCAGGUCUUUGACAUGCUCUCGUCCUGCACACAUGACUCUUCCUCUGGUCGAAGAAUCAGGGUUCAACGUCUAAUAGAGGCUAAUGAUGUACAAUUAUUCUCGUAAGGUCUUACUGCGGAGGCUCUUGCAUACUUGCUGAAUGACUUUCGUUGAGUUCACUAUCAACAGCGCUGGACAUCUCGUCCUCUGGUGUCGGACUCGAUUCGUCCUGCUGUUGUUCCAUUUCUGAAGCCAACGGUCCAUGUUUAGCAGCUGCCUGAAGCAUUCUUCCCUGAACGGCAGAGGAUGCAGGUGAAGUUGCCAGCUGAAGUUCUCCUUUCUCCGCUUGGCCCGUUAAAAGAAGAAUUGCUUGAAUGAAAGACUUGAAAGGCUUCUGCAGUAACCUGAGAGUUG